AUGAGAAAGCAAAUUAUCCGUACAGCCCUGGUUCAGAUGCAGGUAGGAACAGAACUAUGUAAAAAUUUAGAAAAUGCUUCGAAACAUAUUGCUAAAGCCAAAGCAGGGGGAGCAGAAUUGGUAGCAUUACCAGAAUGUUUUAAUUCUCCGUAUGGCACCAAUUUCUUUAAACAAUAUGCAUCUGAAGUCCCGAAAAGUUCAACAUGUGAAAUGCUAUCGAAAGCGGCUAAAGAAAAUUCAAUUUAUUUGGUGGGAGGUACAUUUCCCGAAAUAGAAGAUAAUAAAUAUUAUAAUACUUGUACAGUUUGGAAUCCUGAAGGACAGCUUAUAGCAAAAUUUAGGAAGAUGCAUUUAUUUGAUAUUGAUAUUCCCGGAAAAAUAACAUUCAAGGAAUCAGAUAUUUUAACUGGUGGUAAUCAACUUGCUACCUUUGAUAUGAAUUGCAUUAAAGUGGGACUAGGAAUUUGCUAUGAUUUAAGAUUUGAGGAACUGGCCAAAUUGUAUAGAUUACAAGGAUGCAAAUUAUUGAUUUAUCCAGCUGCCUUUACGGUAACUACCGGACCACUUCAUUUCGAACUAUUACAAAGAUCUAGAGCACUAGAUAAUCAAGUCUUUGUAUGUGGAAUAAGCCCAUCUAGAAACGAGAAAGGAUUCCGAGCAUAUGGUUUUUCACAAGUAACUAGUCCAUGGGGUAAGGUUUUAGCACAAGCCAAAGAAACAGAAGAUAUUAUUUUUUCUGACUUGGAUUUCUCAGAAUGUGACGAAGUCAGAGCUCAAAUACCGAUCUUUGGGCAGCGAAGAACUGACGUUUAUGAUACUGUACUGAAGAAAUAA